UGUGACGCGCUUUCCGUCGGUGUGGCGGCGGAAUUCUUGUUACCUGCGGAGAAAAGGAUUAUUCGAAUGAUGCGGCAGGCGAUCCGACCCUGAGCGGCUGCUGGCCCGCCGGGUUUCCCCCUUCUUUUCAUGUGCAGCCCGCCGAGCGGGCCGCCAAAGCGCAAUAUGAACCACCUCAGCACUAUGUAUGCCACCAAGAGAAGAAGACGGAACAGCAAAAGUGUCCGCGUGCCCCCGAAAGACGGCCAGACGAAAUCGAACCCGAGCAAGCGACAUCGUGAGCGGCUGAACGCCGAAUUGGACACCCUGGCCAGCCUGCUCCCCUUCGACCAGAGUGUCCUUUCCAAAUUGGAUAAGCUCUCCAUUCUCCGACUCAGUGUCAGCUACCUCAGGACCAAGAGCUACUUCCAAGCGGCGUUGUAUCGGGAUCAAGACAGGUUGCCUCAGGAACACAGCAUGAAGUCAAGAGAUCAUCUGUACAAUGACACUUUCGCAGAAGGAGACCUCAUCCUCCAAGCGUUGAGUGGGUUUCUUCUAAUCCUUACCUGUGAUGGUGAAGUCUUUUACACGUCGCACACCGUAGAAACAUACUUGGGCUUUCAUCAGUCGGAUAUUUGCCAUCAAAGCGUAUACGAGCUUGUUCAUUCAGAAGACAGAGAAGAAUUGCAGCGCCACCUAAUGUGGAAUUCGCAACUGCCUUCUGAUCGAAGCGCCAUCUCUCUCCAAGAAGCUUUAUCACCAGAUACCUGUCAGUUCCUGGAAAGGAAUUUCACUGUUCGGUUUCGAUGUCUCUUAGACAAUACCUCAGGUUUUUUGAGGUUGGACAUCCGGGGUCGGAUUAAGGUCCUACAUGGCCAAAAUCACAAGACGGAAGAGCCUCCCUUGGCACUGUUCGCCGUGUGCACGCCGUUCGGACCACCCUCCCUCCUCGAGAUGCCACACAAAGACACCAUGUUCAAAAGCAAGCACAAACUUGACCUUUCUCUAGUCUCUCUCGACCAAAGGGCGAAGCAGGUGUUGGGUUAUUCCGACUCCGAGCUCGCUGACAAGGGUUGCUAUGACCUAGUCCAUUAUGACGAUCUCGCUUAUGUCGCCAGUGCUCAUCAAGAAUUGUUGAAAACUGGUGCUUCUGGUCUCAUUGCCUAUAGGCUUGUAACGAAAACUGGAUCAUGGCAAUGGUUGCAAACAAGCGCACGGCUCGUUUAUAAAAAUAGCAAACCUGAUUUUAUCCUCUGCACGCACAGGCCUCUUAUGGAAGAAGAAGGUCGUGACCUACUGGGAAAAAGGACGAUGGACUUCAAAGUGACUUACUUAGAUGGUGGCCUUGGUUCCUUAACAGACCGUAGUGGUCUGCUUUCAGACAACGAUUUCGUUUUGCGGUGCCAGAGGUCGCGGAGGUAUAAAUCUCAGAUUAGAGACAUUAUUACCACCUGUAGGAAAAGAAAGAGCCCUGUGAACGGUCCUGCUGCAGCUCCAACUAUAGUAGGAGGUGCAUUGCCGGACACAUCUACUUACAUGGACGAUGCAGCUGCAGCUGCUACGGCAGCAGUAGUAGCUGCAGGAUACAAUAACGUGUAUCCGUAUGGAGCAACGGACAAUGUCAACGGCAUAGGAGCUUCGUAUCCCUCCAUGUCUCAAAAUCUGUUCACUGCUGCCAUAGACAAUACGCGGUUUCUGUCUGCGGAGAAUUUCCUCCACUACAGGCCAAUAGGAACUUAUUAUCCAGAUUACGCGGUGGCUCAAUAUCCAUCGAAUGGCUUUCUGGACGUUGCUGCUUCGGCCACAGCAGCUAGGACUUGUUUCGCUACUGGGCCCUUUCAGGCAGAUUCGGUCGUGAAUUCCAACCAUCAGUUAAAUAGCACCAAAGAGGACAAACUUUACCAGUGUCAAAUAGAAGCAGCUAAGUUCGGAAACGCGUCUCAUUCACCGCAACAAGUUUCUGGGAACAAGACGCCGACACCCUCUUCGUGUUGCGACACGACGGCCUACAUGUCAGCGAACGGGGUGGAUCCUCUGAGAGGAUGCCUCGUGAACAAUGGCAAUUCUGUGCAAUCUUCAUCAUCUCUUUUACCCGUCUCAUUAGAUCAUCACGAUAUUAAGGUGAGAGAUCUCGCAUGUACUAAUAACUUAUCAUUUCCUCUUCCCUCCAUAACCACCAGUGCUGAUUGCAUCAAUUCUGGACUUAGUUCUACCAAAGUAGUGAAGGCUGGUCUCAAUGGCACGCAGAGUAGCAUUCUAAUGACUAUCAGAGACCUUCCUUCUUGGCACAAGGAAGAGAAGGGAUCUUCUCCCUACGACAACAGCCGACAAAGUGUGCUGAUGUGGAACAAUAGUCGGGACAACCUUUCUGUCGAGUGUCCUUCGACGACGGCAGGCAUCGGUUUGUCCUCCUAUGACAUGAAGUUAUCCCGGUACUGUGAGAUUGGCGGGAAGCAGGAUGGUGAUAUCGGCAAUGUUGCCAACUCUCCCUGCAAGUGGAGUGGCAACGCUGCUGCCCCAAAAUCUGCUUCUCCUCACAACAGCACCAGCCCGGCGAGUGGGAAAGUUGCACCCCAAGUCACAUACAGCAACACUCCUUACACUCAAGAUAUGCGGCUAGAGCUUCCACUAGUGAGGUCUGACAUCAUCCGACCAUCUUCCGUCAAGCAGGAGGGAAACCCGUUGCUUUCCAUAUCGGAAGUGACGAAUACUUUGUUAGACCAUCAUUAG